CCUACACACUCAAAUUUCCCUCUAUAUAAACUCCACUUUCUCCCAGGCUUCAACACGCAUACUAGGCUACACUGUUACAUAAACACACACAUAUAUAUAUCCACCGUUUAUCUAGAAGAAGCUAGAACUCAACCACAUAGCAGUAAUGGCGGCAAAGCUUGCAUGCAUGGUAGUUGUGUGCAUGGUGGUGGCGGCGCCGAGUGCGGAGGCCGCCAUUUUUUGCGGCCCCUUGGUGGCGAAGCUGAGCCCAUGCCUUAGAUAUAUGCGGGGUGAGACCAAAGGACAUCCCCCCGCCGCUUGCUGUGGCGUCAUUAAGUCUAUCAAAAGCGCCGCUACCUCCACCGCCGACCGCCAGGCUGCCUGCAAGUGCUGGACAGUGUUGCUCGAAACCUAUCCACUCCUCGACCGGGGCCUCACCAACGGCCUCCCCGGCAAGUGCGGCGUUAAUAUGGGCUACCCUGUCGAUAUUGGCUACCCCACCAUUGACUGCAACAAGGUUCACUGAGCUAGCUAGCUGCUAGCUAGGCUGACGGCGGAGAGAAGACGCCGUGUUAAAUAUGGUGGCAAUGCUAUUAUGAUGAGGAAUAAUAAAUAAGACGGGACUGCCUUUCCCAGUUAGGAAUGCCGUUUGUUAGGGUUCCAUCUUUGUAUUAAUUACAAUGCAGUACGUACAAUUCUCUGUACCCUAGUAUUGGAGUGUUGUAUUUACUUGCUUAAUUAUAUUUGUA